AGUAUUAUAAAACGCAAAGAUGAAGGUCGCCAUUGUAACUGGUAUCUGCUUGAUGAGUGUGGUGUUGCUGGUCACUGCUACGGAACAGUACAUGUACACCAGCGGUGUUGGCGCGGGGUACGGUAACUAUGGCUACGGGAUGGCGGCCAUGCCCUACUACGGAGGCGGUGGACAAUAUGGUGGAGGCGGUUUCGGUGGUGGUUUUGGCGGAGGCAAGGGUGGAUUCGGCGGUAUUUUUGGGACCAUCAUUUACUUGUUCGUGUUCAUUUUCAUCAUCCAACUUUUGUUUGGCGGCGGUGGUUUGGGUGGCAUUGGCGGCGGUUUGGGCGGAAUUGGUGGCAAGAGCGGAAAAGGCGGCAACGGUUACUAGACAAGCCUCCGAUAUGGACAGGAC